AAUAAUAGAUGAAUUGUUUGCAAUACACGAUGUUCAAAGCAGUCGUAAGCCAAUCAACUAAAACAUCCAAGUGGGUCAGUGAGACCAUUGUCCUGUGCUCAGGUCCCUAAAUUUAAGAUAAGGGGGCACUCGGUCCAAACACAGGGGCUUCUUAUCCAUUUGUUUCAGUCAAUAUAUAUAUAUGAAUAUCUAACAAGGGAUGACACGAAAAUAGGAUACCAGUUGUAAUUUACAAAGCUCAAAAUCACCUCAGUUCCAAGAAACAGAUCAAAUCUUCCUAUUCAAAGGGCAUUAAACAUCUCCUAAUACAAGUCCAAUAUAGUCCAAUCCUUUCAUAUUUAAUUUAAUGAUUUUUAUAAACGAAUAUAAUUCAAGCUGUCUGUAUUGUCGCCGAUCAGGCACAGGAAAAGAUAAUUCCUGGAAUGAUAUUAACUUCCAGCUUCCGGAAACUCUGUAGUGUUAAUUUAUAGAUUUUUUUUUACGCAAAUGACGGUAUUUGAAAAGGGAAUUUUUUUCUUUGGAAGGUAUUAUUUUAUUUCAGUUUGAUUUUAAAUACAGUGUACAACACUCCUGUCUAUAAAACUCAUUAGAUCCAACAUAAAAGGAUUGGACUAUGUUGGCUUCAGAGAGAGACUCUCACAUCACUAGAAAAGCUAACUCACUAGCGAGGCAGUAUAAGUUCCCUCUAGUCUAUACUGUAUGCUACACUUCCCCCCACUCUGGGAAGCUUCGCCUCGAAGCUUAAAGUGAGUUCUCUCUGUAUGCUUGGCACCUCUUCAACAACGGCAUCCGCUGUUCCCAACAACAACCACCAUUGUCACCGGACAAAACCACAUCUGUACUCUUUCUGAAGCAGGCCAAACAGCAGAGUCACUAUACUGCCACCAAUUUGUAAAGUGUAGCAGUCACCCAUCCAAGGGCUGAUCACGCUUACCGUUGCUUAACUUUCGUGAUAAAGAGAGAGACUCUACCACAUCACUAGAAAAGCUAGCUCACUGUCAAGGCAGUAUAAGUUCCUUCUAUACUGUCCGCUAUAAUAUCUUGUGUCACUUAAUUUGUUUUAUUUCACUGAGUGUACCCUGAAAAAACUCUGUUCUGAUGACCCACCAACACAUGCUAAAGACACUUUGUGAAACGAGAAAAUUAAUACAAUUCCGACUGUAUGCCCCAGACUCCAACGCCUCCUACUCUUGCUCCUCUUUAAUGAAAUCCUGCCACCCUUUAUAUUCUGCCAAAUACUCGCCUGAUCUUCUGUAGAGUUGACUCUUGUACUGUACACAAGCCUUGUCUGUCUAAAUUGGAUUUGAUAUCUACCCAUGUUAUAAAAUUAAUUUUUUAAAAACUAACAACUUGCUACAACUGUAUUAAUGAAUAGAAAACCAAGAAAUAAAAAUUUAAAAAACCCUUUCAUUUAGAACUAAAGUACUUAUAAACUACCAAAAUACAAACAAAACAUGCUUACUGGAUAGGAAUAAACACAUGCCCGCCUAACAGAAUCCUUAUUCAAUGCUUACCCAUUCAGUAGAUAUAUUUCUAUCAUACACAAAGUUUUAUAAAGAUUUUGCAAACACUUAUCAUGUCACAUUAGGGUGGAACUACCUUAAGGACAAUGGAUACUCAGAAUUAAAAUAGAUGUUAUAUUAUUGGUAAAACUAUAUUUUUAAAGUGAAAUUUUGUGCAGAUUUUAUUAUCGGUAAAACUUUAUUUCUGUGGUGAAAUUUUAUUACUUAUUUAUUAUAAAUAAAACUUUAUACUGUAUCUAUGGUGAACAUGGUUGUCUAUAUGUGUAAAGUUAGUGUUUGGCCUAUGUCCCUAAUUUGAAGUUUAACAGGCAAUUAGUGCUUGAUGGCUUGGAUAGGAUAAAGGACUAUGCACAUAUACAGUAAGUAUAGUCACAAGUUCAAAGCACAAUAUACAUUAUAUGAAUAAAUAUAUGUGUUCUGUGUGGAUAGGCUUUGUGGGUUUAUGACUACUCAUAUAUAUGUACAACUAAUAUGACACUGUACAUGUCACUGAUGAUCAUGUAAGGUCCUAGAUAUAUAUUUAUCAUGCUUCUUUUCAGUGAUGACCAGAUUUACCUUGAUCUAUUUUAUGUUCUGUGCUCUGUUACCAUUAUAUCCGUGCUGUGACAUAGAUGUGCAUUUUAAUGACACAUACUGCAAACAGUGUUAUCUUGAAAGUACAUCGUAUUUCAUUCAUUAGGGGACAUCACAUUUUGAGUGUGGAAGUACAGGUACAUAUUCAAAAUUUUUAUCUAUCUAACAAAUAAGGACAAAUUUACUUGGUUGAUGAUUAAUGAAGACAAACCAGUAAUUGUCAAAUUGAGUGAAUAUUUAGUGCAAACUUUCAGAAAAAGAAGUGAUGCUUUAAAACUGCAAAAAUCAUUAUAGUUUAUUAUUCAUAUGUUGGUAUAAUACUGAUACUGUCCAUUUACUUGUGUAUAUACAUGAUUAGCAAUUCAUAUAUGUAUGUACUUGUUUCCCCAACAUGCUGCAUCCACAUGCAGUUUGCAGUCUAUGUAACCUGUAGUUAAUGUUGUAAACUUUCUUUCUUUUUUGAAUUUCCUUCUUUAUAAACUGUCUUACUGUUAUGCCCUCUGGGCCCAAAAUUGGAAUAAACUUAUCUUAUUCAUGGUGAGUGUGGUGUAAAAUGCUUGAACUGCAAUAUUCAUGUUGAAAUUAUUUAACAGAUCUAUUGCAUAAAUAUAAAUCAUGUAUCGUAUAAAAUUGUUAUAAUUCUACCAAACUGCGGAAUAAUAUUCUUUUGAAUUAUUUUUUUCAAACUGUACAACCUGAACUUUUGGAAGUGAUCAAGAGAUUAUGUACAAAUAUAUACGGUAUAAAUGUAAUUGCAUGAUCCCAACUGAACACACUCGAGUAGUUGUAAGGCAACAUGUGAAUCUAUUGAUUAUGAUGUUCCAUUUUAAUCACUGGAUGCUUGCCACAAUGACUUUCCUGUUGUUGGGUGCUGCUACUAGGAAAUUAACUCUUCAUUGAUUGUGUGAAAUUACCAGUUUUGGUGCUUUUAAUGGCCUGAUAGUUUUUCCAGAAAUUUGUAUACUUACAAUGAUAUCCUUAAAGGACUGCAUAAAAUAAAAGAGCUAUUAAAGAGAUAUAUUUCCAUGUAUAAGAUGCAUCUCAUCUGUUUAACAUAAUUAAUUAAAAGUUCUCAAUAUAAGUAAUAGAUCUUUCACGCUUUGGUCUUUUGAUAUCACCAUCACAGAUCUAAAGAUGAGAGCGUGAAAGAUCCAAUUAUAAUUAGACUGAAGUACUCAAGAAACAAAAAAAGAAAAAAAACUUUUAUCAAAAUAGCACAGAAUGAAAUUAUGAAACAUGUGUGUUAAAUUUUGCAUUUGAAUAUUUUGGGAUAAUCCUUUAAAAUAUCCCUUUAAAUUUAUUAAAAACUGACAAGUGUGUAGCAGCAGUGCUGUGGCUCCCUGGGUUGUAAAUGUUGAGAUGUCACAGUAAUUUACGACCAGGGAGAUAUAGAUCUACAGAUGGUGGGUAUGUAAAAUUACAAACCUUAUUCUCUCAUUCUCUCCCAGACCCCAGAAUUCUCUCCUGGCCUCUGUUAGGUAUAAAACAUUGCAUGGGCAACAAAUUAAAUUAGUUUUUUUUUCACAAUACUAGUAUGCAAUUAGAUGUUAUGAUCAUAGAUGGUAUGGGCCACACUGGAGAGGUAGGCAGUGUGCAUGAUCCAUAUGUCUAUUCUUCACAGGAUUAUCCUCAUUGCUCAUUCAGUUGGCAGAUUGUUGAACAGUGUUUCAUUUCUGACAAUUUUUUGAGGAACUUGGAAUUUUUCAGCUUGUUGCAUAAUACUGUACAGGAACUGAGUCACACAGACUUACUUGGUGUUGAUUAAAAAUGAACUCCCAGACCUCAGCAAAAAGAUCGCUAGAGAGCAGUCUAAGUAAUGGACUGCCUGACACAGAGAUGUGGAAACGAGAACCCCCUCACAGAGUUUUUGUCAACAGAAGUUUGAACUUGGAUAAGAUCAAGUUCUUUGGCUUUGAUAUGGAUUACACCCUUGCAGUGUAUAAAUCUCCUCAGUAUGAGACCAUGGGCUUCAACAUGUUGAGGGAUCGCUUGGUAACUAUUGGCUAUCCAGAUGGUAUCAAAGAUUUUGAAUAUGACCCCACAUUCCCAUGCAGGGGCCUUUGGUUUGACAAGCAGUAUGGGAACCUCCUGAAAGUGGAUGCUUAUGGCAAUAUUUUGGUGUGUGUGCAUGGCUUCAAAUUUCUGAAGGGAUUAGAGAUAGGAGAGUUGUACCCAAACAAGUUUGUGAAUCUGGAUGAAAAGAGAAUUUAUGUUCUCAAUACAUUGUUUCACCUGCCAGAAACAUACAUGCUUGCCUGUCUAAUUGAUUACUUCACAACCAGCACAGAAUAUGAGAGGACUGUAGAAGGAGUCAGAUGUGGGGAACUGUACAUGUCCUACAAGUCCAUCUUCCAGGACGUCAGGGCAGCGGUGGACUGGGUUCAUUUCUAUGGUAAUUUGAAAAGUGACACGGUGGCCAAUAUGGAGCAGUAUGUCCAUAAAGACCGCAGACUACCAGUUCUUCUGGACAGACUCAGAGAAAGUGGAAAGAAGACAAUCAUUAUUACAAAUAGUGAAUAUGAGUAUACAAAUAAAAUUAUGGAGUAUCUGACAGACUUUCCAGAGACUAAGGACAGGAAGUGGACAUCUUAUUUUGACUAUGUUGUGGUGGAUGCCAAAAAACCAUUAUUUUUUGAAGAAGGAACAAUCCUUAGAAAAGUGGACAGGACUUCCAAUAAACUAAGUAUUGGUCAUCAUGUGGGGAAACUGGAACAACACUGUGCUUAUUCAGGAGGCUCCUGUGAGGUGAUAUCUCAGAUGAUUGGAGCCCAGGGUAAGGACGUGCUCUAUGUAGGAGACCACAUAUUUGGAGAUAUUUUGAGAUCCAAGAAACAGCGAGGAUGGAGGACAUUCUUGGUUGUCCCAGAGCUGUCCACUGAACUCCACGUAUGGACGGACCAAUCAGAUCUGUUCAAUAAAAUUAAAUCUCUGGAACAUACCCUCAGUCAGAUUUACAAAAACUUAGACAGUAGUAACAUGGAAAAACCAGAUAUUUCCAAAAUCCAGAGAGCUAUGAUGGACACUGUGCAUGAGUUGGACUUGUCUUAUGGAAUGUUAGGAAGUUUAUUCCGAAGUGGUUCUCGUCUGACUUUCUUCUCCUCUCAGGUCCAGCGAUUCGCAGAUAUCUAUGCAGCCUCUGUCAUCAACCUUAUCCAUUACCCCUUUACCUACAUGUUCAAGGCUCCAGCAAUGCUGCUGCCUCACGAGUCCACUGUAUCACAUGGUGAGACAAUAGCUCCUGCAGAUGAUUUUACUAUUGCCAGACAACGAUCUGUGAAUUCUGGGACCAGAAAAUGUGCCCGAGUUCAACAUGUGCCACAUGUACGUCCUGAGACACCCACAAAAGUUACUCAUCACCAUGACGAUGAUGACUUUGAAGAAACCAGUAGCAACAGCAGUGAUAAGUCAUCCUAAUCAUGUCAACAGUUGAAUUGUUAACUUUGACAGUAUUCAUUGCUGGGGAUUUUCAUGUGCAGCCUAAACAGGUUGAAAGUGUCGGAUGACAGACUUGUUUAUUACCAGUAAAUGCGCCUUUUCAUACCGGUAGUCUAUGUGAGAACAAUUUUAUGACUCGUCCAAUAUAAUUAUAGUGCAAUUAUAGGCAAGUGAAUAUUUGUCAUAUAGGGAUGGUGGUUUAAUAUCUUUUUAUGUUGCCUGCAGUGCAUUGAUAGAAAUGACAUGGGUCAUUGUCUGUCUCUGACUUCACCACUAGCAAGCUGUGUUUAACCUUUCCAAGUAUAAAAAAGCUGUUGCUAUACUUAAAUGUAUUCUAUUUAAUGCUGGUUGUAAACCAAGAUGUAUUUACCUCAGAAUUGUGCUAAUAUGCUGAUAGAUAUACUGCAUUUAUGUAGAGUUUUAUAAUGUGGUGGUGUCAAUUUGUAUUUUUUCUUAUUUUUGUUCAGUUUAGUCACUUUGAUUGUAUGCCUCACAAUGUCUGGAGUUAUUUAUAGUAUCAUUACUAUGAGUGCAUAAUCAAAAUUUUGGAAUGAAAACUUUUCUAGUCAAAAAUGAAAUUUUUCAACUUCCAUCUUUGGUGCCUGUUAGAUAUAUAUUGGUAAAAUGAACUGAGCCUUUAAUAGUUGCUGAUACUUAAGUGCUAUGUCUGCCAUACUUCAAUAUGUUAAACUAGUGAUGUUCAGCCAUUCAUUUACAUUGGGACCAUGCAGAUUCUGUAAACUUCUCUUUUCAUUAUUUUGCCCUAGAGUUUUGGAUUGAUACUUAAAAUUUUCAAGUCAAUUUACGAAGUCAUGAACAGGUUUAUUCAUAAGGAUUGCAAUGUAAUGGGUAUUACCAAGUGUAAUAAAAUACAGAUUGUAAUAGCAGUUUUAAAAAUAUGUGUUGAACCUUUUCAUAAUUUAGAACUUUACCUCAGAAUGCCAUGUGCAAUAGAAACCUGGUGACCUUCAAUGUGCUACAAAGUUUUACAUUUUCCUAAUUGGCAUUUCAUUAUCAGAAUUUUAAACAAAUAUAUAAAAUUAUAUAUAUAUAUGAAUGAUUGAUUGUUUUGUUGGUAUAGUUGUUAGAAACAGUUUUGUUUUUGUGUGUAUAAUUGUUUUCUAAAUUCUUGUUGUGAAAAUCACAAGUGCAAUUAUAACACUUUUGUACAAGAAAAUGAUUUUGAAUUGUUACAUGUAUAUGUAAGUGUGGUCAAUUUGAAGUGCCAGAGGCAUUACAUUAUAUAUGUCAGUUAUUUUAAAACAUGAUGAAACUGUUUCACAAAAGCAACGGGUACAGAUUUCUAGAUAAUUCAUUACUGUUUUGAAGAGAGAUUGUUGAUGUGCACAAGAGCAUACUAUUUAUAUGUGCAUUUGUUUAUGCUACAACUUACAUAUUCAUGUAUUUGUUAUUUAUUUUAUGCACUAGUAGAUUGUUGAUAAUGCUGUAGAUGUUUAUGAAUUAAAGGUGCUUCUCACA